GCUCUCAGCUCCAUCUAUUGAUAAACAUUGUAAUCAGGCUCCUCCGUUACGGAGUAUCUCGGAGCAUCAUGGCCUUAUCUCGUUUAUUUGCCACUGAUAAAUCCUGAAAACGUUUCGGACGGGUGUGGAGAACAAUGCCCAUCACACGCAGAAGAAUGAUGGCCUGAUUGAUUGACUGGAGAGUACCGGUGACGUGAAUCUCAUACCAGUGAAUGAUCUGGGAUUGAAUACUCAAAGAUAAAACCAAAGCUAAAGAAUCCUGUCUUCAUUAAGCCAGCAACUAAUGAGUUCUUGGAUAUUCGCAAAGGAUGAUACUCUGAAAAUAAAAAGACAGGUUUAAAAUAUGAUAAUUAUUAGUAUAUUGCUGGAAACAGGCAAAAUGUUGAAGUAAGUUUUUGCAAGAGUUUAGACAGUUUCAGUAGAACAUUCGUGAUGUAUGCCAGGUGUAAAAGAAAAUGAACUCAAUGCACAACAGUUUUGGUGGGUCCGGAGGGUAUCCAGGGCCGUACCCUGGCUAUGUGCCUCCCCCAGCUGCCCUCCCAUAUUACAAUGGGUAUCCAGGAGACUUGAGUCAAGUAUCCAGCCCUUACUAUGGCAAACCAACAGCUGUCCCUCCAGGGUAUUCUUCAGGCAUGGGAAGCUAUUCUGCACCACCAAUCAACAACAGUUCAAUGUACUACCAGCAGUAUGGCUUGGGUUAUCAGUAUGGCUAUACUAAAUAUGGCUUGGGGUCAGGGCUUGGUUCCAAUCUUGGAUAUUCAUCAGAACUUGCUGGGGCAUCUGGUAUCACACCACCCUCCCUGGGUGGGUUACAAGCCCCUACAACUGAUUUAGGAUUGACAGGUUCCAUGUUUUCAAAGGGCAAAUUCAGUGGUAAUCAAGGUAGUCCUUCUCCUUUAACCUCUGGUAUAGGAGUUGGUCAUGGGAGCUCAUCAUCAUUGUUGUCUCCUGUUACUUCAACUCCACCGUCCCCUGGCCCUCACAACCUCCCUAGUGGUCUGACAGCUACUGGAGCAACGCCAAGUCCACCUGUAGAUAUGAUAGAGUCAAAGAAAGAUCUAGAUAAAAUGCGGCGAUGUCAGGUAUGUGGUCAAGUCUUUCGAUUGAUGAGCGAAUGCCUUGCCCACAUGAAGUCUGUUCAUGCAGUCCAUGAAGCGCCUAUAAGUAUGUACAGUUUGCAGCAUGGUGCUGGAGGUCAUCUCACCCAGAGUCUGACAUCUACAGCCUCGUCAGUCCCAUCAGCUCUUGCAUCCAACUUGGGUCCUCCCAAUAAUACUAGGGCAGGUGGAGUUGGUGCUCCUGAUAGCCCUCUCAUGGCUCUUGAACGUAUGGGUUGGGGAGAGAAACAAGGUUUGCUUCCUUCUUUGCAUGCAUCACCAUCUCCACUCACACCUGCAUACACCCCAGCUCCAGCUGUAACACCAGGACCGCAGCACCCGUCCACCCAGCAUCUCGCCUCUCAGCAUCUUGCUUCUCAACAUCCACCUUCCCAGCUCUCUACUUCCCAGCAUCCACCUUCCCAGCACCCUCCUUCUCAGCAUCCCUCAUCACAACAUCCAUCUUCUCAACAUCCACCUUCUCAGCAUCCUUCUUCUCAGCACCAGUCUCCUCAGCAUCCACCUUCCCAGCAUCCUUCUCCUUCCCAGCAUCCCUCUCCUCAGCAUCCUCAGUCCUCUCAGCAUCCUCCAUCUUCUCAGCAUCCCUCUUCUUCCCAGCAUCCUCCUCCACCUCCUCAACAUUCUUCUCAGCAUCCUUCUUCCCAACUUCAGUCGUCUCAGCAUCCAGUUUCCCAGCAUCAGCAGUCUUCUCAACAUCCUUCUGCCCAGACCCCAUCUGCUCAACAUUCAGUUCAACAGCACCCAUCCAGUCAAAUUCCUUCUUCCCAACAUUCUUCCACCCCAAUCUCAUCAACCUUGCACCCAUCAAAUCAACAUCAUCCUCAGCAUCAUUCCUCUCAGCACACACAACAUUCUUCAUCCAGUCAACAUCAGUCUCCCCAAACUCCUUCGACAUCACAUGCUAUGAUGGAAGCUACUUUGAGUGAGCAUCACACUGCCAGGUCUAGAUUGAAUAGCCUGCCCAUAACCUAUACUGUAAGGUCAGAUCCUACAGUAUCACAAGCUCAGAGCAGGCAUCCAUACUCGACACCUUGUUCAUUACCAGAUAAUCUUCCAGUGAAUGAUGCCAGACCAGAUAUUGGAAUUCCCUCAAGUUAUGUUAAACCUCGUAAAGCCAGUUCAUAUUCGGUAUCCAGCAUCAUUGGAGAAACCAAUGAGAGAGCGAGAGAAAAGGGGUCCAUGGUACCCCAUGAAUCUUCCAAUAGUUAUAUAGGACAAAGCCCAACUAGGAGGCAGUUAUCUCCUAGCAUAAGACAACCACCUGUUGAAAGUUAUGAGCAACAAAUUCAUAAUGAACAGUCUCAGGACAAUGCUUGUCCUUCAACUGGUUCACAAACUGUAGGGGAAGAUUAUCUUUCACAGGAGCAAGAUGCAUGUAAAAA